UGCAGCCCUUAUCGUCACUGUAAUUACAAUGAGGAUUUGUUUUUGUCCACCAGAUAUUACGAGUUUACAAAUAGAUUAUAUGUGUUUGUAAAAUGCGACUGCGGUAAUAUGGGCUUAUAAUCGUGUUAUACCGUAUGUGAUUUUGUUUCAGUGCGUUUCGUGUUCGUUUUGGUUUUGCGUAAAAAGACCAGGCAGCUGGUCACAAACCAGCUCACACCUGCUACAAAAAGAUAAUAAUUAUUUGAAAGGUCGGAAUUUAAAGGGAUUUUAGCAGCUGUCAUCAUAUUUAUAUACCGCCAAUUUGAUUGAUUAUGGCGCUGCCAAGAAAACUGAUAUCAAAGAUCUACGAUAUAAAGGCACACGAUAGCAGAGUCACGAGCCUUGAUCUGGGCGAAACAGGCCGGGUGCUGGUCACCGGAGGAGAGGAUCGCAAUGUUAACCUUUGGGCAAUUGGCCAGGACGAGUGCUUUAUGUCUCUGACGGGCCACAAUCGCUCUAUCGAUUGCGUCCGUUUUGCGUAUAAGGAUAACUUUGUAUACUCCGCCGACGACAUCGGAAUCAUCCGCAGAUGGGACCUUAAUUCCCAGAAAAUUUAUUCCACCUUAAAUGGCCACAUGAAGAGUGUUCGCACUCUGGACUUUAAUCCAUCCGGAGAAUAUGUGGUGUCCGGGAGCAACGAUACAACCGUGAGGCUUUGGGACGUGCAGAACGAAAACAACUGCAUCAAGGUGUGUCGCGGUCACAUGUCCCACGUGAAUUCCGUCAAGUUUUCCCCGGACGGACUUUGGAUUGCCUCUGCUGGCUUGGAGGGCUCCAUCCUCAUUUGGGACAUCCGGAAGAGCAAACAGAUAAUGGAGUUCAUAGCGGUACCGCCGGUUACGGCUAUCACAUGCGUUCAGUUUCAUCCGUUCGAGUUCCUGCUGGCCGCCGGACGCAUUGACGGCACCGUGUCCAUUUACGAUCUGGAGCACCAGCAGCUUGUCUCGCAGACCACUCACUUCUUUGGCCAAGCCAUCAGAUGUAUAACCUUUAGCGAAAACGGCGAGUGCCUUUUCAUCGGCAGCGCUUCCGGCAUUUCAGUCAUUGGCUGGGAGCCGGACCGUGAGCUAGACCACAUAAAAAGCACCUGGUCCUCGUUGGCCGACAUGAAAGUGGUCAAGAAUAAGCUGAUAUGUGGUUGCCAUGAGAUCGACACCGUUUCGAUCAACACCAUUAGUCUGGACCGCGUAAUACCGUUCUACCAGCCUCCGGACGCCCUACCAAACUUCAAGCACAACUCAACGAACCGAAAGAGUUUCUCCCGCGGCAACCAGAAGUUCCGACUGUCGCUGGGCGGCUCGAAGCCGGCCCAGGUUCAAGAGGAGCAUGAUGACAACAAGAGUGAUCUGUCGUCGCCCAACUUUAGCCUGGAGGUGGUGGACGAGGCGGUGCUGGAGUCGGCGGAAACGUCUCCGAUGUCCUCGCUGCCACCCGUCCACUUGGCCUCGACGGCGGGUUCGUCGGCCGACCUAGCGUCGCACCAUAUCGUGUACGGCGGGGGCACCAUUGAGCCGGGCUUGCGGCAGGGUAAGUUUUCCAGGGUGCCCGACAACAUGGCCAGCUAUGCCAGUAGCUACGCCAUCGACAGCCGCCUGAUGUCGAUGAACGACGCCAGUUUGCUGCACAAGCCGGAUAUCUACAGCAUAUACUCGCUGGGCAAGGACGAGGAGGUGGCGGACGUGCAGCAGCUGGAGUUCGGCCUGAACGACAGUAACCCGCCGAUACUCAACAACUACGACAACUACGAGAUGGCUGAGGACUUUCCGGUCAAUCAGAACCUGAACUACAUUGCCAGUAACUAUAAGCCAGUACCCGCCACCUCCACUAUCAACGCCUCGUCCAAGUCGAUCAAGAAGACGACCACCACUACCCUGCACAAGCGGAACACGGGCGCCAUGGGCAGCUCCAAACAGACGUCCACGGGCAUCUUUGGUGGCAGCAAGCUCAGCCAGGUCUCCUCGGUUAGCUCCAUGGAGCUGCACAAGCUUGACGACAACAUGGUCAUUAAAAAGUCAUCCUCCUCGAAUGUCGUCAAUAAGAACAAGCGUCCGAUGGGCUCGGCGCAAAGCCAGUUCAGUAAGGAGAACAGUCAACAGAAGAACAUAAACGUGGAAAUCAUUACGAAGCCUCCGAUGCGAUCUCGCACCACCCUGGACAUGCGUCCGUCGCUCCAGGCUAAAACUCAGGAAAAGCAUAUUCACCAGCCACUGAACAAUCGCAUCAUGAUGGACGACCACGACUUUGAUGUACUGUCAAGAUCGCAUGAGGCUGUGCUGCAGGAACUGAGCAAUCGCCAGUCCAGCCUGGACUUGUUGCGCCACGCCACCCGGUCACACGAUGUGCUUGGCGCCUUGAGGCAAGCGAAGAAUUGCGGAAAAUCCAUUUUCAUAGAUCUGCUCGGAGCCAUACUGGAGAAACCGUCCUCGUGGAACUUGGAUUUCUGCAUGUUUGUGCUGCCGGAGAUUUACGAACUUUUGCAAAGCCAACACAAGUUCCAUUUUACGAUAGCUUGCGAUACUCUUCGUAUUAUUCUGUCAAACUUCUUGCCAACCAUUCAGGAAAACCUCGACUCCUGGGCCGCAAAUGGCCUGGGCGUUGACGUGACCCGCGAGGAUCGUCAGAGGAAGUGCGCAGAGUGCCAGCGGUGGCUGCUUCAAAUCAAGAACCUGCCAGAAAGCAUCCACUUCGGGUCCACGCUGUCACAGCUUCAGAACAUAAUUAUUUUCUAAGGGCUACGCAUAUCCGUCUGUGAAGUCUCCUCGGCGUUCAGAUCAGCUCUUGAACGGUACAAAAAUCGUCAACAAAAAAAACCACCAGCUUCCCAAAACCUGAUCCAAGCACAGCGUUGGGGGAAGUGGCCUCAUUUGUCGCUCUAAGCUGCCAAACUAAGGAGUUAAAACAAUCGUUACA